UCUUCCGCCGUAGUCUCAGGGCAGCGUUCUGAUCGAAGCUUUGGGUUACUCUUUCUGUGAAUUCUCUGAGAUUUCUCGGUUAACUUUGUGAAAUUUUCUCGAGAAAAUGUCGUGCUGUGGAGGAAACUGCGGUUGUGGGUCUGGAUGCAAGUGCGGCAAUGGCUGCGGAGGGUGCAAAAUGUACCCAGACCUGGGCUUCUCCGGCGAGACCACCACCACCGAGACCCUCAUCAUCGGCGUUGCUCCGGCAAUGAAGGCCGAGUACGGCGAGGCUUCCGGCGAGACCGGUGCCGAGAACGGUGGCUGCAAGUGUGGGUCUGACUGCCAGUGCAACCCUUGCACCUGUAAAUGAAGAACCCUAACGCGUAGCUCUGGUGCCGCAAUAUAGCAGAGAUGAUAUGAAGUGAGCUUUGCAGUAGUAGCCCUAAUGGUGUUUUUAUUUAAUGUUUGGCUUAAUGUAUUAAAUAAACAAACAGCCGUCGCCGGCGUUAGAUGUUGUUCGUCGCCGUCGCUAAAUCUCUGUCUGGAUUUAUGUCUCUGCGGGUUUGGUCUUAAUAUAAGAUUAUGAUGGGUUUGCUA